AUAGCAAUAAGUCUUAAAAAUUUACAUAGUUUAGGAUAUUUUCAUAAAGAUUUUCAUAGUGGCAAUAUACUAAAGGGUGAUGGUGCUACUUAUAUUUCAGAUUUUGGAUUAUCAGGGCCAUCAAAUGAACAAAAGUUGGAUGAUAAAAUAUGUGGAGUAUUACCAUAUAUUUCUCCAGAAGUUUUGAAUGGAAAACCAUACGCAUUAUCUUCUGAUAUCUAUAGUUUUGGUGUAAUUAUGACAGAAUUUUCAUCCGGAAAGCCACCUUUUUAUAAAAGAAAACAUGAUUUAAGCUUAACAUUAGAAAUAUGUAAUGGAACCAGACCUGAAUUUGGAAAGGGGACUCCUGAAAUUUAUAAGAAAUUAGCUUAUAGAUGUAUGAAUGCUAAUCCUGAUCAAAGACCAACAGCCAAUGAAAUA